AUGGCUGAAGUCGAAGAAAGAAUCGCUCGUAUCAAGAAUCACAAGGGAGUCAAGGGUCUCUUGAUCGUUGAUGAGAAUGGAAAGUUCUUGAGAUCUACUAUGUCUUCCUCAGGCAAUGAUACUGCUCCAAAGCAAUACGCCCAAAAAGUCACAGAACUAGCAAAGAAAGCAAGAUCAGUCGUGAGAGAUAUUGACCCACUAAAUGACUUGACAUUCUUCAGAGUCAGAUCUAAGAGACAAGAGAUAAUGGUUGCCCCCGACAAGAAUCUAUUCCUUAUCGUCAUCCAACAACCACAAGAAGACAACGAAUGA